AUGCCUGGAGCACCUCGAUUCACCAAGAAGCCAUCCAUCCAGCAGACUCCGCAAGGAGAUCUACUGAUGGAAUGUCAUCUUGAAGCAGAUCCAUCCCCAGAUAUUGUAUGGCACCAUGCCGGUACGCCAAUUUCAGCAGGUCCUCGUGUUACGCUAACACUGACCAAUUUGCAAGAUAUUCUCUACAAGGCAGUUCUUAUUAUCAAAGAACCGAGUGUGGGCGAUGGAGGAGCGUAUAAAUGUACAGCAAGUAAUCAGUUCGGUGAAUCAAAUGCAAAUAUUAACCUCAAUUUCGCAGGUGGCGCAGAUGAUCAAAAGCCAAGCAAAGGACCAACGUUUUUGAGUAAACCCAAAAUAAUACCAAAAGAUGGCGGUGCAUUGGUGGUUAUGGAAUGUCGUGUGAAGAGCGCAUCAACGCCAACUGCACAAUGGUAUAAAGAUGGCGCGGCUAUCUACGAGAGUUCGCUUUUUAAAGUCGUUUAUACCGAUUUGGGCGAUUCACAGCAUCUUUUUCAACUCGAAAUUCAUGGUCCAUCGGCUGGUGACGCGGGACAAUACCGUUGUAAUAUAAAGGAUGAUCAAGGUGAAACCAAUGCGAAUUUAGCACUUAAUUUCGAGCAAGACACUGAAGAAAGACAGGAGAAGAGUGAGAAGCGGGAGAAGCAUUCAGCAUCACCAAAACCCACUUCACGGCCAGGUUCAGUUCAUUUUCUGCUUCGUCACGGCACACCAAAGAAGCAAAUGAAAAGUCGUGAAGGGACACCAAAGAAAUCGUUGAAGUCUCGAGAAGGAACCCCCAAAAAGUCGGUUCGUUCGAGAACCUCAACGCCAGUCAAGGAAAUGGAAAAAGCAGAUGAAACCACAGCACACAAAGCACAAGUCGGCGAUAAAACGGAUAUGAAAGAUACGAUGAAAAGCGAACGAAGUGAAUUAGAGGAUGCAGAUAGCGCUGGUGGUCAGAUAAAGGGUAAACCACCAAGUGGUAAAAUCACUGAGAAAACGACCGAGAUGGUCAACGGUGCUGAAUUUAAAUCAGCACAAAAACGCUCGGAGAAAGACGGCCAAGUAGUUGAAGAACGCGAUGCAAAGACACGAAAGAAGGCCGCAGACAAUGUUGAGAAGUCAGAAUUGGAACAAGCGGACGAUAGCAAAAUGGACGUUGAUGCACAAAAUGUAAAACGAAAAAGUGAAACAACAUUGCCGCUACCGGGUGAGAAGAAAGCUCGACAGCGAAGUAAGAGUCCAUCGAAGAGAAGAUCCAAAUCGAGAUCAAAGAGUCCAUUCACCGAAUAUGAGGAGAUCAGCACUGAUAAAGCUAAAUCGACCUCAAAGCGUGCACCUGUGGUACUUGAACCAGCCAAAUCGAAGGUGGCCAAAGAAGGUGAAACAGUCGUAUUAGAAUGUGAAUUUCAGUGCGAUCCCUCAACUAAAAUAGCAUGGGUCAAAGAUGGACGUGAGAUAAAGCCUUCAGCCGAAUUUCGAACAUUUUUCGACGGUCAAACAGCUCGUUUGACAAUAAAUCAUAUGACUGAAGAUAAAAGUGGUCUAUUCAAAUGCAAUGCGCUUAGUAAAUUUGGUGAGGCACACACAUCAGCAAUGGUGAAAUUCGAACAUGGUGAAGAUGAAUAUGAUCCUCGUAAAAGACAUCGUGAAAGUAUUGCUGAAAUAGAGGAACGACUGAUGGCUGAGCAUAAGAAGGCUGACGAAGCGAAGAAGAAAAGGAAACAAGAAGAGUCGAAGAUGCAAAUACCGAAUACAAUUGUUACUGAUGAGGAUGGUUUGCGUUCUCAGGCUGAGCUGAUGGAUAUACCAAUCGGUUCAACGGGUGACGCAGGCGAUGAGAAAACUCUAUCAGUGAGUGAUCCUAAAGUUUAUCUGAAUAAAUCUGAUAGUAAAUUAAACGAGUAUCUUCAUCCGAACAAAACAUCAGAAUAUGAAUCAAACAUCAGACGAAUGUCAACGCCAGUUCAAUCGAAUACUAAUCAUGGAGAGAUGAAUUCAUCAAGAGAUGAAUCGAAUAAGAAUAAAAUCUCUCAAAUUCACUCGUUUGUUCUAUCGAGACUGCCCAGAAGACGUGCAAGAAGCACAUUUUUACGUGAAUUAAUCGACUACGAUACUCCAUUUAGUCAGUACUCGGACUCUGACUCACCAACACCAACCCACUUACGUUCAUUCACUGUUUCCAAAUCGAGUAGCGCAUCGGAUGAAACCCCGUCAUCCGGACUCACUAUCUCGCCUCAACUCAGAAGUCAAUUACUUGGAUUGCAACAGAGUGGCGGUGGAACACCAGGUGAAGGUGAUUCAGAAGAUGAAAUGUCUGAAUCAAUCUCCGAAUUGCCGAAUAUCAGUGGACAACGAUCGCGAAGAGUUUCUAGUCAAAAACCUGAGCUGAAGAAAACACCCAAAAAGAAGGCUGAAGAAGCACCUGCGCAACAAAAAUUCGCAUUGAAGAAAGUGGAUCGAGACGCCGAAGCACGUCAGAAAUCGCCCUCCCGAAGUCGAGGAUCUUCAGUAGCAAAUGACGUAAACAAUGCAACUUAUUUGUUGUUUCGUUUUUCGUUUUUGAUCAAUGAUAUGAUAUCGUUGCAACGAAGGGCAAUGAAGUAUACUAACCUCAAGGGGUUAUCAGGUGCAGUAAAAGCAACUUUGCGAUACUGUGAACAAUCGGGUUUAAGGCGAUCUGCCAGUGGAACUUCGAGGCCAGGAGAGAUUGAAGGUCGUUCACGGAUGAAAGAAAUAACUGAAUCAACUGAGUUGCACGAAGAACAGCAAAAAGCAACAAGUGCAAGCCUACAAGGUAAACAGGUUGGAAAGAAGAAAGCAUUAAGUGAUAGCAAAGAAAAGAAUCCCCUCGAAGGAAUUAAACUGAAAAAAGUGCAAAGAGCUGAUACUUCGUCUGAUACUUCCCCCACUACAACGCCAUCGUCAUUGUCCAGUCGUCGUGACACCUCUACGCCUCUUGAUGAAUUUCCUGAUGAAUUCGUUCGAAGACAGUCCAGUCUAAUGGGUGAUAGUUCUCGAAAAGGAUCAUUGGUUCGGCGAAGUAGUGUGGAUAUGCGUCGUGAAAGCAUUUCUGAUGUUCUUGAGAAGGCAUCAACACCACUUGAGCCCACUGGACCUGUUGGACCACCGCACAUUGCUGAGAUACCCGAAAAUGUUACAGUACCUGAAAAUGAAACGGCUGUUUUCAAGUGUAAAAUACAAGGAAAUCCAGUACCUAAAAUCAAAUGGUCAAAAGGAUUACGAGAAAUAAUGGCAGGAGGCCGUUUCAAAAUCUUAACAGAUCGUGCAGAAAGCACAGUAAUGCUGGUAAUGACGAAGUGUCGUUCACAAGACGACGGUCCGUACACGUUGACCAUCGAGAACGAACAUGGUCAAGAUUCAGUGGCUGUCAAGUUGCUUGUCACUUCGGGUGCUGGACUUGAUCUACGUUCCAUGCUUAAGCAUAGGGAAUACGAGGGUGGCGCAGCAGAUGGAUCAGCCGAUGGAGGCGCAGGUAAAGCAAAAGAGAAGGAUAAGCCGAUGACCGAAGCAGAACGAAGACAGUCUUUAUUCCCAGGAAAAAAGAAAGAGAAAUGGGAAAGACCAUUAGAGGAUAAGACUGUACAACAACAAGUUGAUAAGAUUUGUGAAUGGAAGUGUGUUUAUUCCAGACCAAACGCUAAAAUCAGAUGGUACAAAGAUAAAAAAGAGAUUUUCUCAGGUGGUUUGAAGUACAAGAUUGUGAUCGAAAAAGCAGUUUGUACACUCAUCAUCAAUAAUCCUGAAGUAGAUGAUAGCGGCAAAUAUACGUGUGAAGCCAACGGACUGCCCACAACAGCUAUCUUGACUGUUGAUGAGCCACCAAUGAAAUACAAUUUCAUCACACCUCUUCCAAACACUCAAGAAAUUUAUCGUACCAAACAAGGGGUACUCACCUGUAAGGUUAACAACAAGCGUGCACCUCUUGUAUGGCAUCGCAACGGCAAACCGAUCGCGGAAAACGAUAAAAGGUUCUUGAUCGAAAGUGAUGCAGUUGGUCGUUUCACGCUGACAAUCAAAGAAGUUAUCCAAGAGGAUCAGGGAGAAUGGAUGGCCAAAAUCACUAAUGAUGUGUUUAGUAAAGUACAAGUUUAUGUGGAGGAACCACGCCAUACAUUCGUGAUUCCGUUGAAAUCGCAAAAAGUGAUGGAAAAAGAAACGACAACAUUGGAAACGGAUGUGAAUGAUAAAGAUGCGGAUGUGGAGUGGUGGCAUGACGGUGUGAAGAUCGCCCUGGAUUCGAAGAAAUUUGUCGCCGAAGCGGUCGGCCGAAAGAGACGUUUAACUAUCAAUAAUGCCAGAAUGGAGGAUCAUGGUGAAUACAAGUGCACCACCAAGGAUGACCAAACAUUAGCGCAACUCAUUGUUGAUGCACUCAACAAAUUCAUCGUUAAAUUAGCUGAUAUGGAAGUGAUUGAAAAAGAGGAUGUCACACUGAGAUGCGAGACGCAGGAUACAAAAACGCCAGCAAUUUGGUCAACAAAAGGUAAAACAAUCACAUCAAUGCCUGGUGGCAAAUACGAGACAACGUCUCGAGCUGGUGUACAUAUGCUGAAAAUAUCGAAGAUUGAACUCAGUGAAGGUGAUGUUUAUGAGAUCAACGUGGCUGGUCUUGAAGGAUCUUGCAAUGUCACAGUUCUUGAGGCCGAGAAGAAGCCUAUUCUCAAUUGGAAACCCAAAAGGAUAGAUAUGGAAGCAGGCAAACCAGAGGUCAUAAAAAUACCGUUCCAAAUCAAGGGUGCGAGAAGAACUGCAAUAAAACCAGUGUUGAAACGAGAUGGUAAACCGGUUGAUAUGAAACUUUUGAAAGACGUUGAAGUUGUUAUUAACGGUGAUGUUGCUGAAAUCAAAUUCAAGAACCCUCAGAAGGAAGACACUGGCAAAUGGGCAUUGGAGCUUGGAAAUUCAGGUGGUACCGUGUUGGCACCAUUCGAAGUAUUCGUUAAAGAUAAGCCGAAAGCACCGAACGGUCCUCUGGAGACGUCGAACAUUAAUGCCAAAGGCUGUGAUCUGAAAUGGAAACCUUCAGAUCCUCAAGAAGGUGCUCCAGUAAAAGCUUAUAUCGUCGAGAUGCAGGAAGGACGAUCAGGUAAUUGGGUGAAGAUCGGUGAAACGAAAGGAACUGAUUUCAAGGUGAAAGAUCUGAAAGAACACGGCGAGUAUAAAUUCCGUGUGAAGGCAGUUAAUGAAGUUGGCUCAUCAGAACCGUUAAUGAGUGAAUCGAUUCUGGCGAAGAAUCCAUACAAUGUUCCUGGUAAGCCAAAAAAUAUGAAAGCAGCAGAUAUUGGAAAAGAAUCAUUGCUACUUGAGUGGCAACCACCCGAAAACGACGGCGGUGCACCAAUCGAAAGUUACAUCGUGGAACGACGUAAUAAGUCGGAAAAAGAGUGGAGUGAAGUUGGUACUGUGACUGUACCGGCCGGAGAUUCAAGAAGCACAUUCUCGUUACUUGAUGAUAAAGUGGUAGAAGGCAAAGAGUACUAUUAUCGGGUCCGUGCUGUCAACAAAGCUGGUCCUGGUGACCCUUGCGAUCAUGGACGACCAUUCAAGAUCAUGGCUAAACCAGAAGCACCCAGUUUCCCAGAUGGGGGCAUAAAGGAUUUGCGUUUGAAAGUAGGUGAAACAAUCAAAUACGAGAUACCAAUAAAGGGCGAGCCAACGCCUGAAAUAACGUGGACAGUCAAUGGAAAGCCGUUGAAAGCAGCCGGACGAUGUAAAAUGGUUUCUGAGAGAUACAAACACACUCUGAAGAUAGAAGAUGCGAAACGAUCAGAUUCUGGCAAAUUUGUGAUAAAACUAAAGAAUGCGAGUGGCACUUGUGAAUCAACUGCCACAGUAACCGUUAUAUCUAAGCCAACCGCACCGAAUGGACCGUUAAAUGUCACCGAAAUCUGCGGAGAUGGUUGUACGCUCGACUGGAAACCACCGGAUGAUGACGGAGGAGAACCAUUGCAAGAGUAUAUUGUCGAAGCACAAGAUUUGGAUGAGAAGGGCAAAUUCGUGAAGAUUGGUAGUGUUUCACCAAAUGAAACCAAAAUGUUGGUUAAAGGACUGAAGAAUAAGGGCAAUUACAAGUUCAGAGUGAAAGCAGUGAACAAGGAGGGUGAAUCUGAGCCGUUAUCAACGGAUCAGUACGUGCAAAUCAAAGAUCCUUGGGAUGAGCCCGGAAAGCCUGGUCGUCCUCAAAUAACAGAUUAUGAUGCGGAUCGUAUAGAUUUGGCUUGGGAGCCACCCACCCGAGACGGUGGAGCACCAAUUGAAGAAUAUAUCAUCGAGAAGAAAGAUCCGGCUACUCGUGAAUGGGUCGAGUGCGCUAGAUCACCAUCAACGACAGCAUCUGUGAGAAAUUUGAAGGAAGGAGAAGAAUAUCAAUUCCGAGUGCGUGCAGUCAAUAAGGCUGGCCCAGGACAUCCCAGUGAGCCAUCCGAGAAACAAGUGGCUAAACCCAAAUUUGUUCCGGCAUGGCUGCAUCAUGAGUCUCUCAAGAGUAUAACAGUCAAAGCUGGACAAACAGUUCGAUGGGAUAUUCAGUUUGGUGGUGAACCUGCACCAACCGUUCAAUGGACCAAGAAUGAUCAGCCGUUGGCCAGCAAGGGAACUCUUCAGAUCGAAAAAACAAAACAUGACCACACGAUCAUAUGCAUUUCAUCAGCUGCUCGUGCUGACUGUGGCAAAUAUCGUUUGACAGUGACCAACUCGAAAGGCAAAGAUACUGAGUGUGCUGAACUAACUGUUCUCGACCGACCUAGCAAACCAAAAGGACCUCUUCAAGUAUCGGAUGUAUUUGAAGAUAACUGUAAGCUAGCAUGGAAUCCACCAGAAGAUGAUGGUGGUGAACCAAUAGAGUAUUAUGAAGUGGAAAAGAUGGACACGGACACAGGUCGCUGGGUACCAUGUGCUAAAGUAAAAGAUACUAAAGCGCACAUUGAUGGUCUGAAAAAAGGACAAUCUUAUCAAUUCCGUGUAAAAGCAGUUAAUCGUGAAGGCGCCAGUGAUCCAUUGAGCACUGAAACUGCUACUGUGGCCAAAAAUCCUUAUGAUGAACCAGGCAAGCCAGAUGCACCAGAAAUCACAGACUGGGAUAUAGACAGAGUGAAUCUGAAAUGGGAACCACCUGCAAAUGAUGGUGGUGCACCAAUAACAGGUUAUGUGAUCGAGAAGAAGAGUAAGCAUGCUAGAGACUGGGUUGAAUGUGGUAAAACUGACGGCCCAGUGUGCGAAGCAGAGAUUCGUGACUUGAAAGAGGGUGAAGAAUAUCAAUUCCGUAUUCGAGCAGUCAAUAAAGCUGGACCCGGAGAGGCAUCUGAGCCAAGUAGACGUGUCAUUGCCAAGCAUCGCAACUUGAAACCUCACAUCGAUCGUGAAGCAAUGAAGUCGAUAACACUAAAGGUUGGACAAAAGUGUGAAUUCGAUGUUCCGGUACAAGGUGAACCGCCACCAGAAACCAUAUGGUCGUUUGGUGACAAACCAAUUACUGAUGAUGCUAGGAUCAAGAUCACAAAUGAAGAGUAUCGAACACGUUUUGUUUUAACAAACGCAACUCGCAAACAUGCUGGUAAAUAUACCUUAACUGCAACCAAUAUCAACGGUACCGAUCAACACAGUAUUGAAAUCAUGGUUUUGGGACGACCAUCCGCUCCAGAAGGACCAUUGGAGGUGUCUGAUGUGCAUGAAGAUCAUAUGAAUCUGGAAUGGAAACCACCAUUGGACGAUGGUGGUUGUCCGAUUGAUCACUAUGAGAUCGAAAAAAUGGAUCUUGCCACUGGUCGUUGGGUUCCUUGUGGUAAAGCAACUGACACUAAGGCUACAGUUCAGAAUUUACAAGGUGGAAAAACAUAUCAGUUCCGAGUAAGAGCAGUCAAUAAGGAAGGUGAAUCGGAUGCAUUGACAACGGAAGGUGACGGCAUACUGGCCAAAAACCCGUAUGAUGUACCUGGAAAAAGCAAUAAACCAGAAUUGGUGGAUUGGGAUAAAGAUCAUGUGGACUUGAAAUGGGAUGCACCGGAUGACGGUGGUUCACCGAUCCAGGAGUACAUCAUCGAAAAGAAAGACGAGCGUGGUCGUUGGGAGGAAGCGAUAACUGUGAAAGGUGAUCAAACGACAGCAACUGUUCCUAAUUUGAAAGAAGGCGAGGAAUAUCAGUUCAGAAUAAUUGCUAAGAAUAAGGCUGGUAAAGGUGAACCAUCUGAACCAAGCGAUCGUGUUAUCGCAAAACCGAGACAUUUGGCACCACGUAUACAUCGUGAGGAUCUACACGAUACAGUGAUAAAGGUUGGUCAAACGAUUAAGUUUGUGGUGCACGUUGAUGGAGAGCCACCACCAACCGUAACAUGGGCAUGCAACGGUAAACCGGUUCAGAGUGGUGUUGUCAUCGAUAACAGUGACUAUCUGAGUAAAUUCACCAUUGGAAAAGCGAUUAGAAAGCAAACUGGCAAAUAUACGAUAACAGCAACAAACGAAAGCGGAACAGAUACAGUGACCAUUGACAUAAAGGUUAAAGGAAAACCAAGCAAGCCUGUUGGACCUCUUGGUGUUAAAGAUGUAUUUGAGGACAGAGCCACUCUCGACUGGAAGCCGCCUGAGGACGAUGGUGGAGAGCCGAUUGAUCAUUAUGAGGUAGAACGCAUGGAUACAAAGGAUGGAAUAUGGGUACCUUGUGGACGUACCAAAGAUACGAUAUUCACUGCUGAAGGACUCACCAAAGAUAAACAUUACAAAUUCCGUGUGAAAGCAGUGAAUAGCGAAGGCAGUUCUGAGCCGCUCGAAACUGACGAAACCAUACAAGCAAAGAAUCCGUUCGAUAAGCCAGAUAAGCCGGGACGACCAACUCCCGUUGAUUGGGACAAGGAUCAUGUGGAUUUGCAAUGGACAAAACCAGUCAGUGACGGUGGGGCACCGAUUCAGGAAUAUCAAAUUGAAAAGAGAACCAAAUAUGGACGAUGGGAGCCGGCUGUAACCGUUCCGGGUGAUUCGACAAGCGGUACGGUUCCGGAUCUAACGCCUGGUGAAGAGUAUGAAUUCCGUGUGAUUGCCGUCAACAAAGGAGGACCAUCGGAUCCAAGUGAUCCAAGUCCAGCGGUCAUUGCAAAACCAAGAAAUCUUCCACCGAAAAUCGAUCGUAGCGCGUUGAUGCCGAUCAAGAUCAAGGCUGGACAAACGAUCAACUUUGCGGUUCCAGUCGAAGGCGAACCACCACCAGAAAUAACGUGGCUCAAUCCAGAUGGACGUGAGAUACGUCACGGUGGUCGAGUGAAGCUUGAUAAUCAAGAAUAUCGCACUAAACUGCAAAUUCGUGCUGCUGAAAGAUCUGACAGUGGUAAAUUUACAAUUCGUGCGACGAAUAUCAACGGUGAAGAUACGGCUGUUGUUGAAGUGAAUGUGAUCGACAAACCAUCAGCACCUGAAGGUCCAUUGAAUGUUUCGGAUGUUUACGCUGACCACAUGACACUCGACUGGAAACCUCCUGCCGAUGACGGUGGAAUACCUAUUGAAAAUUACGUCAUUGAAAAGCUCGAUGCGGAGACUGGUCAUUGGGUACCAUGCACAAAGGUUGACGGAUCAAAAACGCAAGCUGUUGUGGAUGGUCUUAUUCAAGGGCAUGAAUAUAAAUUCCGAGUAUCUGCAGUGAAUGCUGAAGGAGAAUCUGAACCAUUAGAGACACUUGGUUCUACUCUUGCAAAGAAUCCAUACGAUGUUCCUGGUAAAACAAGUAAACCGGAAUUGGUGGACUGGGAUAAGGAUCAUGUGGAUUUAAAAUGGAAUGCACCAACGAACGAUGGUGGUGCGCCAAUUGAUGGAUACGUUAUUGAAGUGAAAGAAAAAUAUUCACCUUCCUGGAAAGAAGCUAUGCAAGUUCCGGCUGGUCAGUUGAGUGCAACAGUUGCAAACCUGAAAGAGGGAGAGGAAUACGAGUUCAGAAUUCGAGCGAAGAACAAGGCUGGCGUUGGCGAGCCGUCUGAACCAAGUGAUUCCGUGAUCGCUAAACCUCGUCAUUUGGCUCCGAAAAUUGAUCGUAGCGCCAUUGAGGAGAUAAAAGUGAGAGCAGGAACAGACUUCCAGUUGAAUAUUCCCGUCUCAGGUGAACCACCUCCAGAAGUGGUUUGGACAUUCCAGGGUGAACCAGUUGAAUCGAGUGAUCGCAUGAAAGUUGACAAUGUUCCGUACAAGACAAAAUUCGCUGUGAAAAGAGCAUUACGUUCUGAUACGGGUGUUUAUUUGAUAACAGCGAAGAAUGAGAGUGGUGAAGAUACGGCUGAAGUUAAGGUGACAGUCUUGGAUAGACCAAGUGAUCCCAAAGGACCGCUUGAGAUAAGCGAUAUUAACAAAAAUGGAUGCACCUUGGAAUGGAAGGAGCCCGAUGAUGACGGUGGAGCUGAGAUUACCCACUAUGUGGUGGAAAAACAAGAUACGAGUACUGGACGAUGGACAGUUUGUGGUGAACCAGUUGGAACGAAAUUCAAGGUGACUGAUCUGACUGCAGGACAUGAGUAUAAAUUCCGUGUGAAAGCAGUGAAUCGAUACGGUGAUUCAGAUGCACUCGAGGCAAGCAAACCGAUCAUAGCGAAAGAUCCGUUCGAUACAGCUGAUAAACCAGGAACACCAGAAAUAACUGACUGGGACAAAGACCAUGUUGACUUAGAAUGGAUACCACCAGUGAGUGACGGUGGUGCACCAAUCGAAAAAUAUGUCAUCGAAAAGAAGCUCGCCAACGGAGAGUGGGAAUACGCAGAAGAAGUACCUGCAGAACAAACGAAAGCCACCGUUGGACAUCUGAAAGCUGGUGCAACAUAUCAAUUCCGAGUGAAAGCGAUCAAUAAAGCUGGUGCAUCCACGCCAUCAGAUCCCAGCCGUUCUAUCGUUGCAAAACCACGACAUUUAGCGCCGAAGAUCGACCGUUCAACACUCCUCGAAGUGAGAGUGAAAGCGGGUGAAACAAUCGAAUUCAACGUGAAUGUUGAGGGUGAACCAAACCCGAAGAUCGCAUGGUUCAUUAACGAAACACCGCUCACAUCAUCUGAACACACCAAAAUUGAUAACAGUACUGAGCAUAAUACCAAGUUGAAAACAACCUCUUCGAAUCGUCUCGAUAGUGGUAUGUAUAAAAUCGUCGCUACCAAUGAAAGUGGUAAGGAUGAAGCAGAAGUUAAGGUUGUUGUACUUGAUGUUCCGGGUUCACCAAACGGUCCACUCGAUGUGAGAGAUGUGACCAAAGAAGGAUGCACGUUAUCUUGGAAUGAACCUGACGAUGAUGGUGGUUCACCAAUAUCGCAUUAUGUUGUUGAAAAGCAAGAAGCAGGUGGACGCUGGGUACCGUGUGGUGAAACAUCUGAUACAACACUGCGAGUUAAUAAACUCGUUGAAGGUCAGCAGUACAAAUUCCGUGUCAAGGCGGUUAAUCGGCAGGGACAGUCUGAACCGUUAACAACCCUCUCAUCUGUCACGGCCAAGAAUCCAUUCGAUGAACCUGGCAAACCCACUGAUGUUACUCCAGUUGACUGGGAUAAAGAUCACGUUGAUUUGGAGUGGAAAGCACCAGCAAAUGAUGGUGGUGCACCAAUUGAGAGUUACAUAAUAGAAAAGAAGGAUAAAUUCGGUGACUGGAUUACGUGUGCAACUGUACCUGGCACUGAAACAAAAGGAACUGCACCGAAUCUUGUUGCGGGCGAAACGUAUCAGUUUAGAGUGACAGCAGUGAACAAGGCUGGUAAAGGUGAACCUUCAGAUGCAACCGGUGAUGUCAUUGCGAAGCCCCGUAAAUUGGCACCUAAAAUCAAUAUCGCUGGACUGUUGGAUAUUCGUGUUCGAGCCGGAACUCCGAUUAAUAUUAAUGUUGACUUUGAAGGCGAACCAACGCCAAAAGCAUCAUGGAAAGUCAAUGACAAAUCGCUUGAAAGCAAUGAGCACGUGACAAUUACGUCGAAAGAAAAACGUGAUGAAAUCAGAAUUGAAUCAUCAGUCCGAGGAGAUACGGGUAUUUACACGAUUACGGUGGAAAAUGAGCAUGGCAAAGAUCGUGCAUCAUGCUCAGUGACAGUUCUCGACGUACCGGAUGCUCCACAAGGACCAGUGAAAAUAGCUGAUGUACAUAAAGAUGGUUGUACCUUAGCAUGGAAACCUCCGGCCGAUGAUGGUGGCUCAGAUAUAGUUCAGUAUGUUGUUGAAAAAAUGGAUACUACGCGUGGUGUAUGGCAAGAAGUUGGUCGUGUACCAGACUGCAAUGCCAAAGUGACAAAACUGAUUAAUGGAAAGGAAUACAAAUUCCGUGUUAAAGCGAUAAAUCUACAAGGUGAGUCAAAGCCACUGGAAAGUGAAGAGAUGAUUGCUAAAAAUCCGUUUGAUGUGCCAAAUCCAACGUCUAAACCAGAAGUGGUUGACUGGGAUAAAGAUCGUAUUGACAUUGAAUGGCAGCCUCCUAGUGAUAACGGUGGAUCUGCAAUCAAACAAUAUAUUAUUGAAAAGAAAGAGAAAGGUAGUUCGACAUGGAUCGAGGCUGGUAAAACUAAGGGUGCAAGGACGAGUUUCUCGGCUACAGGCCUCAAACCGGGCACUGAAUACGAAUUCAGAGUAGUCGCUGUUAAUGAAGCAGGUCCCUCAGAUCCCUCAGAGCCAAGUGAUGCGCAAAUGGCAAAGGCUCGGUAUGUUAAGCCAGAAAUAACCUCACAAAAUCGCAAGUUCAAAGUGAAAGCUGGCCUUGCGUUAACGGUUGAAGCUGAAUUCAUUGGUUCACCCGACCCAACUGUGGAUUGGGAAUUCAAAGAGAAUCAGCCGUUACAACCUGAGCUGUUGGUUAACUCAAAACCUGGUAUCACAACUAUUUUCUUCCCUGCAGCGAAACGCUCGGAAAGCGGUAUCUAUACUUUGAAAUUGAAGAACGAACUCGGUGAAGCAACAGGAACAUUUGAAGUGAAUGUGCAAGAUAAACCAGCCGAACCGUGUGGCCCAAUUGAAGUGUCUGAUGUUACAAAGGACGGUUGCGUUCUCACAUGGAAACCACCAGAAGACGAUGGUGGUGCUGAAAUUACAAAUUAUGUUGUUGAGAAACGUGAUGUGAAAACUAAUGCUUGGGUUCCUGUGUCGAGUUUCGUUCCCGGCACCAGCUGUAUUGUAUCAAAAUUAGAAGAAGGACACGAAUAUGAAUUCCGAGUUAUGGCCGAGAACGUCAAUGGCCGUUCAGAUCCGUUAACUACAGAUGCUGCUGUACUUGCAAAGGAUCCAUUCGGAACACCAGGGAAACCAGGAAAACCGGAAGUAACAGAUCGAGAUUACGAUCAUAUCGAAAUCGAGUGGCAACCACCAAGAGAUGAUGGAGGCAAUCCGAUCUCGCAUUACGAUAUUGAACGAAAAGAUCUGAAGACUGGAAGAUGGAUAAAAGUGAAUACAGCGCCGGUUAAAGGAACCACAUUUUGUGAUGAUAGAGUGCAGAAAAAUCACUCAUAUGAGUACCGAGUUAAAGCUGUUAAUAAAGCUGGACCUGGACAGCCGUCUGAAGCUUCGGCGGUAGCCGUCGCUAAACCAAUGUUUGAAGCACCACAGUUCGAUCUUGGUAUUGAUGGACGUGAAUUCAGAGUUAAAGCUGGUGAACCGCUUGAUAUUACUGUACCAUAUGUGGGUUCUCCACAACCAGAAAUCAAAUGGGUUAAGGAAGGAGUUACUUUAAGCGAUGUUGAAACUGAUGAAUCAAAGACCAGGUUAUUCAUACCAGUCAGUAAACGCUCAGAUUCUGGGCCAGUGAAGAUUUGUGCUACUAAUGCAUGUGGAGACGCAGAAGCUAAUAUCAAAAUUUCGGUUAUUGAUCGGCCAGCACCUCCAGAAGGACCGAUUACGUAUCCAGAGACAAGCCGACAUAGUGUAACAGUCGCCUGGAAACCACCAGCAGAUGAUGGAGGCAGUGAAGUUACCGGAUAUCGAAUUGAAUAUCAAGAACUGGGUUCGUCAGUGUGGGAGAGAAUACCUGAGACCGUUAGCUCGCUUUCGUACACUGUUAAAGCCCUCGAACACGGCAAGGAAUAUCAGUUCCGUGUGAGAGCCGAAAACAUGAUGGGACUUAGCGAACCGAUAGUAGGAGGACCAGUCAUAGCAAAAGAUCCAUAUAAUCCACCUGGUGCACCAUCGACACCUGAAGUUACUGGCUAUGACACAAAUCAAAUCAGCUUGAAAUGGAAUCCUCCUCGAGACGAUGGCGGGUCACCAAUCAUUGGCUAUGUGGUAGAAAAGUUUGAGAAGAAGGAUGGUGAAUGGACACCCGUCAAAAUGCCUAUGGUACGUGGUACUGAAGCGACAAUCACUGGUCUAUCUGAAGGUGAGAUAUAUCAGUUCAGAAUUCGUGCUGUCAAUGCUGCUGGACAAGGCGAGGCAAGCAAUAGUAGCGCUCCAACCAAGUGUCAACCCUAUGUGGUACCACCUGGAGCACCAGAUCAACCACGUGUUGGUAAGGUCACAAAGAAUUCGGCCGAGCUAACUUGGAUAAGACCAAUUGACGAUGGUGGUGCCGCUAUUGAUGGUUAUAUUGUGGAGAAGCGAAAGGCGGGUACAGAUGAAUGGAUACCAUGCAAUCAGAAACCUGUUAAGGAGACAAGAUUGGUUGUUGAGCCGUUACCAGAGAAAGAACAGUUCGAAUUCCGUGUGAAGGCAGUCAAUUCGGCUGGAGAAGGUGAACCGUCCCGACCUACUGAUAUGGUUCUCAUUGAAGAUCAGUUAGAACGUCCUUGUCUUGAUUUAUCAGCACUCAAGGAUAUUACUGUGCGUGCUGGUGAAACGAUUGAAAUCAAAAUACCAUUCAGUGGUGGAAAUCCGAAACCAACUGCUGAAGUUUUCAAUGGUCUUCAAGAAAUAUAUGAAGAUGAACGAACCAAAAUUGAGGUCGAACCAGAUCAUGUGAAACUGACAACAACGUGUGCAAAACGUUCAGAUGGAGGCCCAUAUCGGGUAACAUUGGCGAACCGUUUUGGCAAAGAUACAGCCAAACUGAAAGUAACAGUUUUGGAUGCACCAGGUAAACCAGGAGGACCGAUUACAGCAUCUGAUGUAAGUGGUGAGGGUAUGACGCUGCACUGGAAUGCACCUGAAGAUAACGGAGGUGAUGCAGUCACCAAUUAUGUGGUGGAAAAGAAAGACGAAAACGGUGAUUGGGUGAAAAUUGGACAACCGGUUGGAACAAGCUUCCGAGUACGUAAUCUCGAGAAUGGUAAAGCUUAUGAAUUCCGUGUAUCGGCUGAAAAUCAGUAUGGUGUCGGUGAACCACUUGAAACAAUCGAGCCAAUUGUUGCAAAGAAUCCAUUCGAUAAACCAGGACCACCUGGUCAGCCUGAACCAAUUGCAACAACGGAUGAUUCGAUAACGAUACAAUGGACGAAACCAAUCAAAGAUGGCGGUUCUCCGAUUCAAGGUUAUGUGGUCGAGAAACGUGAAGAGGGUUCGCCUGAAUGGAGUAAAUGCGCAUUUGGAACGAUAAACGAUACUCGUUAUAAGGUCACUGGAUUGACGCCUAGAAAGCGAUAUGAAUUCCGUGUGGCAGCAGUGAACGCAGCUGGUCAAGGCGAUUACAGUGACAAUAGUGCUCUUAUAACAGCACAAGUUGAAGCAUCAAAACCACGAAUUCAGUUGUCUAUGCUAGGCAGAGACAUCAUUGCGUAUGCAGGACAGCCAGCUAAGAUACUGAUACCGUUUGCAUCGAGUCCAGCACCAGAAAUAACCUGGAAGAAAGGAGGACAGGUAGUGAGUGAGGACGAUAAACGUGCGAAAAUCGAGUCGAAUGAUUACCUCACACAACUUUCAUACGAUAAAUGUGAAAGGGGCGACUCAGCAACCUAUACUGUUAAGCUUGAGAACGAUGCUGGAUCCGAUACGGUUGAUAUUCAUUUGACAGUGGUUGAUAAACCGGAUCCACCGCAGAACCUAUCCGUUUCUGAAAUAGCACCUGAUUCGUGCGUUCUCAGCUGGCAACCACCGCUCGAAGAUGGCGGAUCACCGAUAACAAAUUAUGUCAUUGAGAAAUGUCAUUAUAAACCGGGACUGGAGGAAAACUGGGAGAAAGUUUCAUCGUUCGUGCGUGGUACCAGUUAUCAAGUGCCAGGGCUAACUGAAAACGAGAAAUACAAAUUCAGAGUUAGAGCCGAAAAUCAGUACGGUGUUUCUGAGCCAGCUGAGCUCAAAGAUGCAAUUGUUGCAAAAUACCAAUUCAACGUACCAUCACAACCAGACGCUCCAGUUGCCAAAGAUAUGGACAGCACUUGGGUGGAGUUGGAAUGGGAUACCCCGUCAUCGGAUGGUGGUUCCAAGAUUCAAGGCUACAUAGUGCAGUAUCGUGAGCCGUCCUCGUCCAAAUGGACUGUUGCUAAUGCGCAACCAAUUGUCGGUAACAACUACCGCGUUCAGGCACUUCGUGAUAAAGGUGAAUACGAAUUCCGUGUGAUCGCCAAGAACGCUGCUGGCUUGUCGAAACCAUCUCCAGCCAGUGAUCGCAUUCAGCUGAAACCAAAAUACGGACCACCUGGCCCACCGACACAAAUCAACGCCGAAUCAAUUGGUCGUAACUUUGUCACCUUAACAUGGGCACCACCACUGGAUGAUGGUGGUUCCAAGAUUACCGGUUACAUCGUUGAAUCAAGAGAGUUGGGCAGUCCGUUAUGGCGUGUGGUUAGUGACUAUAACGUGGUCAAUCCAGAAUUCACUGUGCCGAAUCUGAUCGAAUUUCGUGAUUAUGAAUUCCGAAUCACGGCCAUAAAUGCGAUCGGUAAAGGUAUUCCUUCAUUGCCAUCUGCACCGAUCAAAAUUCAAGAGAUGGGUGGAUCACGACCACAAAUUGUUGUUAAACCCGCUGAUACUGCGUCGCCUUACAACCGAAGAGCUGUUUUCAAGUGUGAAGCUAUCGGUAGACCAGCGCCAACAGCACGAUGGCUGCGUAAUGGUCGAGAGGUACCUGAAGGUGCACGCUAUAGGACUGAAGUUCAAAAUGAAGUUUUCAAAUUGAUAAUUAAAGAGGUAUGGGACAUUGAUGCGGGUGAAUACACUUGCCAGGUUUCGAACGUUUUUGGAAGUGAUUCGGCAACUGCUACGCUCACCGUACAAGCACCACCAGUGAUCGAGAAAGAUGUUGGAAAUGGAAUCUAUGCGAAUGGUGAAAUGGUCCGUUUGAAGAUUUACUUCUCGGGAACAGGACCAUUCAAAUAUCUGUUGACAUUGAAUAAAGAAGAAGUGCCAGCAGAUCACCCGAACAUACAUUUUGUUGAUUUUGAAAAUCACGUUAUCAUCACAAUACCAUCAAUUCAUAGCGGUGAGGCUGGUCGAUAUGAGCUAUCGAUUAGUAACGACAGUGGUGAGGCAAAUACUGCGUUCUGGUUGAACGUUACUGGCUUACCUUCUGCACCACAAGGACCUCUACAAAUCCACGAUGUGAAUAAAACGCAAGCUGUGCUCUCAUGGAAGCCACCUGUGAAUGAUGGUGGCGCAAGACUGAGUGGCUACAUAGUUGAACGUAAAGACGUGACAAAAGAUGAAUGGACUGAAGUGGCAACAUCAAUAAAAGACACCAACUUCCAAGUGAAUGGUCUCUUUGAGGGACAUGAGUAUGAGUUCCGAGUGAGCGCAACGAAUGAGAACGGACAAGGUCCACCACUCGUUGGCGAUAACCCGAUUAUAGCACGUUUACCUUUCGAUACUCCAUCCGCACCUGGUAAACCUGAGGUAUCACGAUUCGGUGAUAGUUUUGUGGUGUUGAAUUGGACACGUCCGUCGUCUGAUGGCGGUAGUUCCAUUCGGGGUUAUUUGAUUGAGAAACGUGAAGUUGGCUCUGAUCUUUGGCAGAAAUGCAAUCAAACCCCAUUUGCUGGAACUAAUUACCAAGCAAUGAAUCUGAUCGAAGGUCGUGACUAUGAAUUCAGAGUAUUUGCUGUCAACGACGCUGGUGCUUCUGAACCUGCCAAUACUGAUCAAUUCAAGUUUGUUCCGGCCAAAAGCGGUGAUCUGCCGGAAAUAAUAACACCACUAUCGGAUAUGUUCGGUGAGCAAGGUCGCUCAGUAACGUUCGAAUGCGAAGUCGAUGGUAAACCUCGACCAGAAAUACGCUGGUUCCGUGGUUUACGAGAACUGGGCGAUACUCCCAAAUACAGUAUAAUGAAUAAAGGAACUAUUCAGGUGUUGACCAUCAACGAUUUGCACUGGGAUGAUGCGGAUGAGUAUUCGUGUCGAGCAAGCAACUCAGUAGGAUCGAAAUCCACCAAAGCUCAACUAUCAAUACGAACCAAACCGCGUGUCUUCAUUCCGCCUCGUUAUCAUGGUGGUUUUGAGGCGCAGAAAGGCGAUAACAUUGAACUGAAAAUACCCUUCAAAGCUUAUCCUCAACCGCAUUCACGAUGGACCAAGAAUGGCGAAGAUAUUCAUGAUUCUGAGAAAUACACUAUAACCACUGAUGAAAAGUACGCGACUCUUCGAAUAUCGGAUGCAGUUCGUGAGGAUCUGGGUCAGUAUCGCGUAAUUGUUGAAAACGACGUUGGUUCAGACUCGGGCACGAUCUCGUUGAGUGUCGCCGAUCGACCGAACCCACCUAGAUUCCCAAUCGUCGAGAAUAUUCUCGAUGAAGCAGCAAUACUCUCGUGGAAACCACCAGAACUUGAUGGUGGUUCAUUGAUAACAAAUUACAUUGUUGAAAAACGAGAGUUAGCCGGUGGUCAAUGGAAGGAGUGUGCAAAGACGAGAUACACGUACUUGACUGUUGAAGGGCUGAAGUCGAAGGCCACUUACGAAUUUCGCAUAAGCGCUCAAAACAAGCACGGCAUAUCGAAACCAUGCGAGCCGACGGCACCAGUUGUCAUUGCUGAAAGGCAAAAUAAGAGACGUGGCUAUGAUGUCGACGAAACCGGAAAAGUGAUACGCGGUAAGGGAACACCAUCGGACAAUUACGAUGCGUACGUUAUCGACGUUUGGAAACAAUACUAUCCACAGCCAGUUGAACCGAAACGUGAUUCAGUUUAUGACUAUUACGAUAUCUUGGAAGAGAUUGGAGAAGGUGCAUUUGGUGUGGUACAUCGUUGUGUUGAACGUGCCACCGGUAACACAUUCGCCGCAAAGUUCGUGAAUACACCACAUUCUGCCGAUAAGGAAACUGUUCGUAAAGAAAUUCAAACGAUGUCGAAUGUGCGACACCCGAAACUAAUUAACUUACAUGAUGCAUUCGAAGAUGAUAACGAAAUGGUUAUGAUCUAUGAAUUCAUGUCUGGUGGUGAAUUAUUCGAGAAGGUGGCUGAUGAAAAGAACAAAAUGAGUGAAACGGAUGCGGUGGAUUAUAUGCGACAGAUAUGUAAUGCAUUGCGACACCUUCAUGAAAUGAGUUACGUGCAUUUGGACCUGAAACCUGAGAAUAUUAUGUUCACGACCAACAAGAGCAAUCAAUUGAAACUGAUCGACUUCGGUCUAGCUGCUAAACUUGAUCCUAAACAAAGUGUUAAAGUCACUACUGGAACGGCUGAAUUUGCGGCACCCGAAGUGGCCUCGAAUGAACCCGUUGGAUUCUAUACGGACAUGUGGAGUGUCGGUGUUCUCGCGUAUAUUCUUUUAUCCGGAUUAUCGCCUUUCGGUGGUGAAACAGACGAAGAAACUCUAAAGAAUGUGAAGAAAUGCGAUUGGAAUAUGGAUGAUCCUUGCUUCUCCAAGGUCUCUGAUGAUGCCAAAGACUUCAUCAAGAAACUACUCGUUCUGGAUCCAUCAAGUCGAAUGACAAUACACGAGGCACUCGAGCAUCCGUGGUUGAGUAACGCACCAAGUACCUCUGAACAAAUACCAAAUGAGCGCUACCAUUCGAUUCGUGAUUCAAUCCGUCAUAAAUAUGAUGCAUGGCCUGAACCGAAUCCACCGCUUGGUAGAAUCUCAAAUUACAGUUCCUUGAGGAAACAUCGUCCGGCUGAAUAUCACAUCCACGAUACAUCAUUCGAUCGCCAAGAUGGUCAACCUCGAUUCAUCAUCAAACCUUUCAAUAACACGUGUAAUGAAGGACAAAUUGCUAGCUUCUUCUGCAAAAUAAUAGCGCCAUCGCCACCAAUAGUAACGUGGCAUAAAGACGCGAAUGAAUUACGGCAAAGUACGAAAUAUAUGAAGAAAUACAAUGAUAAUGAUUAUGAAUUGACUAUCAACCGAGUGAAAAUGGAGGACGCUGGUGAAUACACAGUUAGGGCAAAAAAUUCGUACGGCUCGAAGGAAGAAGUUGUCUUCCUUAAUGUCAUAAAAUCAAAAGAAACUAGAGAGGAGACCAGACUGCAACACCAGGCGUCUGAAUCGUCCUUCAGUUCGCGAACCACUGCUCUUCUAUCGAAGCGAUAUCCUACCGAACAACCUAGCACUACAACUGCAGUCAAACAAUUACCACCCAAAUUCACAUUCCAUCUUCGACCGCGUCUUAUUCAAAAGAAUCAUCAGUGUAAAUUGAUCUGUAAUGUGCAGUCUCAUCCAGCAGCGAAGGUUCAAUGGUAUAAAGAUGGAGCACCGGUUGAUGAGAGUCGUGCUCAAUUGACGUAUCGAAGUGGUGUGUGUACCUUAGAGAUAUUCAACACAAGAAUGGAUGACGCUGGAACUUAUCGCUGUGAGGCGGUUAACGAAUUCGGCAGUGAUUACACCGAAUGUAUCGUUAAUGUUCAAGGAAGAGGAGAGGAAUCGCGAAGGAUCAUUCCAACGCGAACAUCACGACGUGUAUAUGAUAGGCUGGAAGUAACGAGCGAUAUGGAACGAUCACAAUCAAGUAGUGAUGUGAUUAGACGACGAGACCUCUCGUCGUAUUCGUCCUCAACUGAUCAAUAUUCGUCGUCACAAUCAACCAAAACCAAGUCGACAAAAGAUGAUUCUUCGUCGAUUAAAUUACCUUCCACAGCACCCGUUUUCACUCGGCAACUUCAAUCGCUUGCUGUCGAUGAAAAUGAUAUGGCUGAAUUCUCUUGUCAAGUAGGAGGUGAACCAGAGCCUUUGGUUGAAUGGUUGCACAAUGGAGAGCGCAUAACAGAAAGAGAUGACCGCAAACGACUCACGUUCGUAGCUGGUCAUGCUAAACUUUCGAUUCCCUCAGUGAAAUCGACCGAUGAAGGCGAAUACUCAUGUCGUGCCAGUAAUUCUGCUGGUACCGAGGCUACUAAAGCUAAUCUUACCGUCAGGUCAUUCAACAUUUCCAUUAUUCUUUUAUCGAGGAGAUCUGAACCUGAGCCACUGGAGUUGCAACAGCCAUCGUCGUCGUCUGCAGCAGAAGCGGUUGUUGAUUUGGUGAAUGGAGACGAUACGUCGAAACAACAAACUGAGCAACAACAACAACAACCACUCCACAUCGUGCGGCAUCUUGAGGGUGUUUGUGUCGCCUCUGGAACGACUGCAACCUUAUCGGUGACCACAUCCCAUCCAGCUGAUGAGGUGAUAUGGAUGAGAAACGGAAAAGAAGUGAAAAGUGAUGGUAAUGUGUUGAUAAAAGAGAGUGGUAGUGAGUAUUCGUUAGAAUUCAAGAAUGUAUCGCUAGAUGAUCACGGUGUUUAUCAAGUUGAAUGUCGAUGUGCCCAGCAAAAAGCUAUUUCAGCUGCAUCAUUGGCCGUUUUAGAUAGGCCAAAUGACCCACGCGUUGCAAGAUUACCACAGUCAGUGAACGCAACUUUAGCUUCGCCUUGUAAAUUCGUUCUUGAGCUUGAGGACGCUAGUGGCUUGACUGUACAAUGGUUCAAAGGAGCCGAGAAAGUCGAAAAAUCAGACCGUGUUAAAUCCGUCAAAUCGGGUAAUGCAUUCAAACUGGAUAUCAAGAGUGUAGAAGCGUCUGAUGAAGGAGUUUAUGUUGUAAAAGUGAUAAAGGAUAAAAAAGCGAUAUGCAAAUAUGCGGCAGCGAUGCAGAUUCACUGA